AUGGCCGACAAGCGCAAAGGUGCGCGACAAGACUAUGUCCUGCGAGUGCGGUAUCAGAACACUCUGCCACCACCACCUUUCGAGCCCAAGAUGUUGGCACUUCCUACAGAUUUCUCAAAGUACACAUCGGCAUCUUACUUGUCAAAUCUAUACCAGGAACAGCCUCUCAGAGUUGAAGCAGAUUCCGAACUAGGCAUGCAUAUGGAUUUGUCGUUGCUGCCGGGUAUCUUCGAGGGGGAAGAGUCAGCCAUGUACGCUCCGGAUGUGCCUGAAGAGCUGGAUCCAAAAGAUCGAGCGCUCUUGAAGACUGAUAUCGGUCAACAAAAGCUUUCUACAGAUGUUUCCUUCUUGCGACGCACACAGUAUAUUUCCAGUGAUGCUGCAUCUGCAGCGAAAAUCAAGCAAGCUGAAAAGGACAAGGCAGCUCGUCAUCAGGCUGAUCUAGAGUUUGCACUUGAUCCGUUGCAGCAAAUUGCUGCCAUUGAAGAUACCUUCACCGCAGCGUCAGGCGAGCUCGAGAGUCUACGACAUCCAACACGCAAGGACCUGCGCGCCGUGGAAGUCUUUCCAGUAUUUCCAGAUACACCCAGCAUACAACAGCAGUGGUGUAAUGCCAAAUUUGCCACAAAUCCCGCUCCAAGGGCAAAGAGUAAUUCCAAAAUGGACGACACCGACCUCAGGCUUGAUGUUGCAGCAAUCUUGCCCAAGGUUAUUGAGGAGGCUGACGAUGAUUAUUUGUCAUACUUCCUCCCAAGCUAUGAAACAGCAGAGCAGAUCCGGCAAGCCAAUGAUCGGUCGACCUCAGCCGAUAAUGUACACCGGCUGGACAGCAUACGAGACUACGAUGCGAAGCGCGACCAGCAUGAGGAUGAUUACAUGUUUGUCUUCAACACUGACAUGGCAAAACUCGCAGGCCAAUGA